AUGCGUUUCCGUCAGACGCUCCUCAACUUCUACCGGACACGGGUCGACAAUGUUUACCGCCAAACCAUUGCCUCGCCAGAAUCUCGGCCUGUGCUGCCGCGCUCUGCAAGCUCUACAUCUUCCGACUGUGACACGGAUGCAGUCGUGGUGACCACCAGACCCGUUCGACAACAACUCCCCACCCCCUCCGAGAGCUCCCUCGACGUGUCCCUCCAGGAUGCCCGGGAUGUAACUAUGAACGAGGUGCCAAAAGGCCGAGCACGACGCGUUAGUUCGCGGCUUACCAAGAAACAGAGCCAGAAUGGUCUUGUGGAGGAUGUGGAGAACGAGGACCUCAAAGCGAGGACUGUCAGCGGCGAAACCUUGGUUAACAUGGAAAAUGCGAGUCAGUCAACACUAGUCAAAGAAGGCAUUGCUGCGUUGGAUUUGCCAUGGAAUGUGAGUGAAGUGUUUACUAAACAAAGUAAGGAGGAUUUACUGGGUGGGAAGAACACCGCAGCGAAGGCGCUUAAGCAAUCGACAGAGACUGCGCAAGACGUAGAGGUACAGCGUCUACGAGCAGAGAAGGCGGCCGCGAAGAAGGCAAAAAUGGCCGAGAACAACAAAAUGUGGGAGGGACGACGGAAGGCCGCAGAGAAAUUGUCGAGGAGAAGGUCGUCCCGGAUGCCAGUCCUAGAUAAAGCGGGAGAGGUCGUGGCGAGCAUUGCCAACAGUGUGCUUGGAAAGAGGAAGGAUAGAACAUCCGAUUUGUGCACCGCGACACGGUCAAAAAGCAUGGGAGGCGAUGAGUCUGCUUCUCGGGAACCCAGUUCGAAGAAGAGACGCGUCAGCGAGGCUGAUACGCCCUCUGAGGAGCUUGUCGAACAAACGCCUCCUACUCGACGGCGGGAAAAGAGGUGGCUUGCCUCAGGGCUCUACGCUGGUCAGCCCAGGCUAGUGGAUAUGCGUCCUGCCAAAGGAAGGAGCAAACGUACGAGCCUAGCUCCUUCGGAACCGGUGAAGGAAAACUCAGUCUUGCCCCUACCGAUGUUCGGUGGUGAGCGUCUAUUGCAGCAAGGUCGGGACUUCAAGCUACCUUUCGACGUCUUUUCUCCAGUCCCAGCCGGCCAACCGAAGCCCGACGAGUGGAGAAAAGUCAACAAAAACGUCUUUGUCGGCGAUGCAGCGCAAACGUGGCGAGUGUCGAAAUAUGAGGAACAUUCGAGCUGUGGGUGCAAGCGCGAGACGGGCUGCGAUCAGAACUGCAUGAAUCGAUAUAUGUACUAUGAAUGUGAUGAACGAAACUGCAACCUCGAGGCCCAGCUGUGUGGGAAUCGCGCAUUUGAAGGCCUCCGGCAACGAGUCAAGAAAGGAGGCAAGUAUAACAUUGGCGUUGAGGUGAUUAAGACGGAGGACAGGGGCUACGGGGUACGGAGCAAUCGUACCUUUGACCCCAAUCAGAUCAUCGUGGAAUAUACGGGAGAGAUUAUUACUCAGGAGGAAUGCGAGCGCCGCAUGAAGACCAUGUAUAAGAAUAAUGAGUGCUAUUAUUUGAUGCUCUUUGAUCAGAACAUGAUCAUUGAUGCUACUCGAGGAUCCAUAGCACGAUUUGUCAAUCAUUCUUGCGAACCAAAUUGCAGGAUGGAAAAAUGGACGGUCAACGGCAAGCCCCGAAUGGCCCUCUUCGCUGGCGAUCGGGGUAUCAUGACCGGAGAAGAACUCAGUUAUGACUACAACUUCGAUCCCUAUUCUCAGAAGAACGUGCAAGAAUGCCGAUGCGGAUCCGAAAAGUGCCGCGGAGUGUUAGGACCAAGAUCCAAGGAAGAGCGGAAACUGAAGAACCCCGAGGAGGAGAAAAACAAGGGUCGCAGCAAGCUGGCAGGUGCAAAAAGAAAGAUAGCAGACGUUAUAGAAGAGAGUGCCAGUCGAAUCACUAAGAAGACUAAGGUUGCUACUGCACCUAAGAGGAAGGUCUUAGGUCGCUCACAAUCCACCAGUUCCGUCAAGGUGCGAAAGACGAAACUCAUGAAGAAGGCCGUGACGCGAAAGACUAGUGCGACGGUCGGGAAAGGUCUCUCCAGACGUCCAUCGAAACUCAAGACGCUUGUUGCGAGUGCUAGGAGCAAGACGGUCAAGCGAAGAGUUGUGUCCACUUCAUCUUCCACCGCGCUGAUUGAGAAGAAAGGCCCCAGAAAGACCACUCAGGCGUCCGUCAGCCGGUCAUCAAGUCUGCGGGAGAAGGCAUCGAGCGUCAAGAGUCGAGUUGUGAGAAGUGUUCGAGCCACUCGAAGAGUGAGGACUAAGACUGUUCGGGCGAUUGAGGCUGAACAGGGGCUUGCGUAA